AUGAAAUUCGACGAUCGGAAACAUUGCAACGCAGGCUCAAACUUAAAACUAUUGUCUCGUAUGCUGCUAUUUAAAGUUCUCCGAAAGUUUUCUGUAGCAUAUGCACGUUCCCUCAUUUACUGUGAUGUGACGGACCAAUUCCUAAUCUUUCAUAUCUCUAGCGUUGGAAUUAUGAUAGGCACUGGCUUGGCGCAUGGAAGGCUAAGAUCCCUAAAUGAGAAAUAUGAAUUACUAGCCAAACGAAAGCCAUAUCCUCACGAAAAAACCAACCUUCCUUGUCAUAUGAAUAUAUCUUAUAACAGCACUGAAGACGGAUUUCACGGAGUUGUGCCAUACUCUCCAUAUCCUUUCCACAUUCUUAUCACUUUAGAGUUCAUCGCACAUCUUUGUUUAAAUCCGGAGCUCUUGUGCAUAUGA